AUGAUGUUCCCUAGCACUCUUUCGCUCGCUGCUGUUCUUGCCGCCUGCUCCGUGGCGUUUGCGAGCCCUGCCGGCGCGUCUACUACGACGGUCACGUUUAUCAAAAGCAUCAACACCGUGGCAUACGACACUACCACUACGGUCACCGCGACUUCUUAUGCUACGUCUACCGUCCCGAGAACUACAACGUUCACUAGCACCACGACGACUACGACUGUGACGCCGACCACAACUACGACUUACGUGAUCAUAUAG